CCCCCGUUAAGACAUAUGGUGCCGAGUCUCUCUGCACAUGCUCAGGUCUGGGGAGAACAGAUAUAGUGAAUGCAGGGUCCUGGGAGAGCAGAUAUAGUGAAUGCAGGGUCCGGGGAGAACAGAUAUAGUGAAUGCGGGGUCCAGGGAGAGCGGAUAUAGUGAAUGCGGGGUCCGGGGAGAGCGGAUAUAGUGAAUGCAGGGUCCAGGGAGAGCGGAUAUAGUGAAUGCAGGGGUCCGGGGAGACCAGAUAUAGUGAAUGCAGGGUCCGGGAAGACCAGAUAUAGUGAAUGCAGGGUCCGGGGAGACCAGAUAUAGUGAAUGCAGGGUCCGGGGAGACCA